UCUAUCUUGUUCUUCUCGUUUAUACUUCCACAAACAUAGCUUUCUAGUCUUUAUUAUUAUUGGGUUCUUCUUCGCUUUCGAUUUAGUUUCUUAAGAGUUUGAAGGGAAAAAAGAGAGUCAAAAUGCCUGCCGCAGGAGGAAUCGCCGUCGGUAACGGCAAGGAGUAUCCAGGGAACCUUACUCUGUUCGUGACCGUAACAUGUAUAGUCGCGGCCAUGGGUGGUCUCAUCUUUGGAUACGAUAUUGGGAUUUCAGGCGGGGUGACGUCUAUGCCUUCCUUUUUGAGGAAGUUUUUCCCGUCGGUGUACCGGAAGCAACAAGCAGACGAGUCGACAAACCAGUACUGUCAGUAUGACAGCCAGAAACUGACCAUGUUUACAUCGUCACUGUAUUUGGCUGCUCUCAUGUCAUCAAUUGUUGCAUCAACUAUUACUCGUAAGUUUGGUCGGAAAUUGUCCAUGCUUUUCGGUGGUUUGCUCUUCUUCGCCGGUGCUAUCUUCAAUGCCGCUGCUACAGCCGUUUGGAUGUUGAUUCUUGGUAGAAUUUUGCUCGGUUUCGGUAUUGGUUUUGCCAAUCAGUCUGUGCCACUCUACCUAUCUGAAAUGGCUCCAUACAGAUACAGAGGAGCACUCAACAUUGGGUUUCAAUUAUCAAUCACAAUUGGUAUUUUGGUAGCAAAUGUGUUGAACUAUUUCUUUGCCAAGAUCAAGGGUGGUUGGGGAUGGCGUUUGAGCUUGGGUGGUGCAAUGGUCCCUGCCUUGAUCAUCACCGUCGGAUCUUUAGUCCUCCCCGACACACCUAACUCUAUGAUCGAACGUGGACAACGCGACGAAGCCAAAGCACAUCUCAAGAGAAUUCGUGGAAUCGACGAUGUUGAUGAGGAAUUCAAUGACCUUGUCAUUGCUAGUGAAUCUUCAAGACAAGUGGAGCACCCAUGGACUAAUUUAUUGCAAAGAAAGUACAGACCACAACUCAGUAUGGCCAUAUUGAUCCCAUUCUUUCAACAACUCACUGGCAUUAAUGUGAUCAUGUUCUAUGCACCCGUCCUGUUCAAUACAAUUGGGUUCGGAAACGAUGCUUCGCUCAUGUCUGCUGUCAUCACUGGUUUGGUCAAUGUGUUUGCUACUUUAGUCUCAAUCUAUGGUGUCGAUAAGUGGGGCAGAAGGUUCCUUUUCUUGGAAGGUGGAGUUCAAAUGUUGAUUUGCCAGGCAGUGGUGGCAGCUUGCAUUGCAGCUAAAUUUGGCGUUGAUGGAACCCCAGGAGAGUUGCCCAAGUGGUAUGCAAUCGUUGUGGUGCUGUUUAUUUGCAUCUAUGUCGCUGGAUUCGCUUGGUCUUGGGGUCCAUUGGGAUGGUUGGUGCCUAGUGAAAUUUUCCCACUCGAAAUCCGAUCGGCUGCUCAGAGUGUCAAUGUGUCUGUCAACAUGAUUUUCACAUUCAUUAUUGCUCAAGUCUUCUUGACAAUGCUAUGCCACUUGAAGUUUGGAUUGUUCAUCUUCUUCGCGUUCUUCGUUCUUGUCAUGUCCAUCUUUGUGUUCUUCUUCCUGCCUGAGACAAAGGGUAUCCCAAUUGAAGAGAUGACCAGAGUAUGGAAGACACAUUGGUACUGGUCAAGGUUUGUGAAUGAUGAUGAUUACCCUAAUGGAGGGCUUGAGAUGAGGAAGGGAGCUGAAGGCUCAAAGAUUGUAUAAAUUGGAGCUCCAAAAACUUAAAUCUUAUAUAGCAUCAUUGGGUAGAAAUAUAUACCAUUGUUGGGUUGUAAUGGCAACACUAUAUAAAUUGCUCAAAUGUUUUGGAAGUCUUAAUUUACAAUGUGUUCCAUGGUUCAUCUCA